AAUAUGGCGGCACCGAGGAAGUGUGGGCUUCGAACACUAGUAGUACUUUUUCAAAGUUGACUUAAGUCUUGUUAUGAUGGUUUUUUUUUACAUGGACUUUAGACUCGCAACCACAGAAGACGACCCAGCUGACUUUGUAUCCGUUUUAUCGGUAACUGUCCGCUGAUUCGCGGUGCUGUGUGUCUUUGGCUAGCUCGCUAGCUGUAGCUCACUUCUAAUUCGAAUGUAAACAUCCUGGCAGCUAGCUGCUAAGCUAAAUACCCGAUUGUUGACUGUUCCUGUUUAGACAGGCUGAACUUAUGGAAAAUAAGCGAGCUGAGAUCAUUACUUCAGCAUUUAGUGUUCACGACAACUGGAUAGUUGCGUUAAACGUUGAAUCCGUCGAACCGAUAUUCUGACCUAAUGUCAGGUUGGCUAGCUAGGUUAGAGAGCUAAGUUAGAAUUUGCUAUCCGUUUAACUUUAACUUUAACGGUGGCUAUCAUGAUUGUAGUCAUCGUCAUGUUAAAUGUUAAUUUGUUAAUAAUGAAAGGUAAUUUUAAACGAUUAGCUAUGUAACUAGCUACGCUAGUACAGUUUGUAAUAAUGUAGGUAAACCCAGGCUGACCGAGAUAGCUACGGGGACCAUCGCUGGGCUGUAAAUUUAUCUAGCUAACGUUAGCAGGGUAAGGCACAAGGACUGUGUCAGCAUAGUUCCUGUCUGGUUAAUUUAGGCAAUAGGUGGUCGAAUUUAUUUCCACCUGGCUAGAGAGCGAGACUAAACUCCAUGUAAGAUCCAUUCGUAAGAGCCGCGCUGAGACAUGAUGGGGCUGGUGUGGUUCGUGUUCGGCGCCAUCGGCAGAUGCAUGGACUUUGUGUGUUUGAUGCUGGAUCUGAAUUUCUGCAUUGUGAACGCGCUCGUGCAGCUGCUGCUGGGCCUCAUCGCGCUCGUGCAUAAUGCGCCCGCGCUGCUGGCGGAGGCCGCGCGGGAGUGCGGGAACCUCGCGCUCCUCUGCACGCUCACAGUGACGGAGGCCGUGUCCAGCGCGGGACAGGGGGCUCUGGGAGGCAUGCUGGAGAGCUGUAAAAUGAUGGCCCACUUGUCCUCGCAUGUGAUGCUGCGCACUAAAGAGCAGCUUCACCGUGGCCUGCUGUCGGGACACUACCUGCUGAGACAGGUAUGGGAGGGCUGCAGCAUUUCCCUAAGCCUGGCGCUGUACCUUGUCAACACUGUGGUCAACAUGCUGCUCAUCGGCCUGCAGAACUGCUAUGGCGUGCUGGUGGGGGCGUGGGAGGCCGUGUUGGGCCCCUUGCAGAAAGCUGUGGAGCUGGGCCUGGCUGUCGUCACCUUCUUGUACAGCACGCUGGUGGGCACCUCGGUCCUGCUGUGGACACCCUGCCAGCUGGCGCUGGAGUUCCUGGGCUCUCUCUGCCACAUGUUUGCCAGCGUCUUCCUGUUUAACUCCUACGGCCUGGCGCUGACCACGGCCCUCGCCACCGCUGCCACGCUGUACCUGAACAGCGAGCUGCUCCAGCGUGGCGCCCGCCGGGCCCUGCCUGCUCUGCUCUGCCUGCGGAGGGCGCUGUGCAGCCUGCAGCUGCUGGCUCUUCAGCAAGCCCAGGCCCUGCUGGAGACAGAGCUGUGGCAGAGGCUGGGACUGCAGCGCAGCCGCACCGGCCUGUGGAGAGGCGCAGGAGCGGACACAGACACCCGGCAACCAGCAGCCAAUGGGGAACCAGGAGCCCUGGCAAGGGGCGUGGCUGGAGGAGGAAGGCAGCAGGAGGUGGCUGCGCCCCCGCCCUCAGGUGUUCCGGCCGGAGAUGUGCUGCCCUGGGCUCCGCCCUGCUGCCGGGGGCCGGAGCCGACACAGGAGCAGCAGGGGAGCGGCGGGACGCAGCGCCCCCCUGAGGACUGUCUCCUCAACCUGCUGAAGGAGCAUGAGGACAGGAAGAAGUGCGUCAUCUGCCAGGACAGCAGCAAGACGGUGGUGCUGCUGCCCUGCCGGCACCUGUGCCUGUGCCGCGACUGCACCAGCAUCCUGUUGCGGCAGCCCAUCUACCAGCACAACUGCCCCCUGUGCCGCCACAUGAUCCUGCAGACCAUGGACGUGUACCUGUGAGGCCGGCGCUCACGGCACGCUGCACUCACGGCACGCUGCACUCACGGCACGCUGCACUCAGGCUGUGCCUGUCAGUGAAUAGGCUGUUAUGUGUUCUGUUUGGUAAGGAGUUCCAAAAGCCAUGCCAUUUAGCAUUAUCAUUCCCUAAUGUAUGUGGCAUGUAUGAAACACUAACAUGUUUUUCUACUCUCUGGUGUGGCCUGCAAGUGUUGUAUGGACCAAAACAUUCUUGACUAAUGCUUUUGUAUCUUGUGCCAAAAGUGGGUAGGCAAUAGUCAUAUAUUGACAGUCCACCCUGCCAAAAGCUUCUGAACUUAAGGUGUGAGCUUAAUAAUUAUAAGUGUAUGACAAAUCACUGAGCUAUUUCUCUACAAUCGCUUACUGAGGCAUUAAGUGGGAACUGAACAAGAGUAUUUCUGUUUGAUAGCUUUGUAAUGAAGAUGUUUAAUAUGAAGGAAACAUUUUUUCUCAAAUUAAAUAUUUUAUAAACUGCAGCAAUUAUUUAAGGAUAAUGUUUAUAAAAUGUUAGCAUUCAUGCAGUCAUGUUAACAUAAUAGGUAUGUCCUUAAAAAAGGAGAGGUUAUAGAUUUACAAUAAAUGCCCUCAGAAAUGGCACAGUCUCUCAAUGACCCUUUCUUUUUUUAUUUAUUUUAGAGUUGGAAAUGCAGGAUGCAGCUAUAUCAGAGAGAAAGGAAAGAAAUUUCACUUCAUCAGAGAUGUCUGAAAGAUACAAUGAUUUUUGGAAUGCUUAUUCAGAACGUUAUUUUCUUUUUUAGUUUCAUAGCAGAAAUAAUUUCAUUAUUAGCGUGAGUAAUCUUAAAAACUGAAUGGCUUUCUUUGCAGGGGGUAGCCACCUGUGGUCCUGAGGUGUUGGAGGUGUUUCUUUGUGUUCAUUUAGAACCCGUGAUGUCAUAAUUGUCUGAAAAUUGUUUGAGCAAAUGAAUGCAAAUAACCACAUGCACAAGACGGUCUGUUUAACAUUCAGAGAUGUAGAAAAUCUGAGCGAGUGGAGCCCCAUUAACAGCAUCUCCUGUCCCUGUACCAUGGUUAUUCUUUGGUCUUGCAAGUUCUAAUAAAUUAUGCAAUGAUGAUGUAUACAUUGGAAAUAUAUAUUUUUAACC